CAUUUGUACACACACACACAGACACCCAGACUGACUCACAGAAAAAUGGCUCGGCUGGAAGUUACAGAGACUUUUCAGGGCAUCACUUUUCCUGGACACUUGCAUACUCAGGAAUCCCUUCGCUAUGGUGCCAACUUCAAAUUUCAAGACUCAGACAUUCUGAUUGUCACCUACCCCAAAUCAGGGACGACAUGGAUGCAAGAAGUUGUCACACUGGUAUCAUGCAGAGGAAAUCCAGUAAAAGCUCAAACACAACCUAACUGGGCACGAGCUCCAUGGCUCGAGCAGUACUACUGCUCUGAUGUUCUGAAGGCAACACAAGGACCUCGGGUCCUCACCACUCAUCUGCCAUACAAACUACUGGCUCCUGCACUCCAAGGCUCCAAGGCAAAGGUCAUAUAUGUGGCAAGAAACCCAAAAGAUGUGGUAGUAUCUUAUUACUACUUCCAUAAAAUGGCCAAGUUCCUAAACGACCCAGGCACAUUCUCAGAGUUUCUGAGCGCUUUUCUGGAAGGAACAGUGUACUAUGGGUCUUGGUUUGAUCAUGUGAAAGGAUGGACCAGCAAUGCAAGAAACAUUGACAACUUUCUGUAUAUCACGUAUGAAGAGAUGUGGGAGGACCUGUGUGGUUCCCUGGAGAAAGUAAGCCGAUUCCUGCAGUGCCCCCUGCUGGAGGACGAGUUGAACAGCGCCCAGAAGAGCUGCAGCUUCAACACCAUGAGAGAGAACUGCAUGGUGAACUACACCCUGAUUCCUCAGGAAAUCAUGGACCACAGCAAGGGCAAGUUCAUGAGGAAAGGUCAAAUCGGAGACUGGAUCAACACUUUCUCCCAGGAGCAAAGUCGCAACUUUGAUGUAGUGUAUGCUUCCAAGAUGGCGGACUCCAUGCUGAAGUUUGUGUGGGAAACAAACAAAGUGUAGACACAGAAAUCUUGCCUUUCUACACCACAUGAAGUAGCACCUUCUUCUUAUGGAUCUUAUUAUUAUUAAUGUCUUGUCGUGUUUUCCCAUCAGUCGUUCCAUGCCUUAUUGCCUUCACUAAAGCUAUUUGAUUUUGAACAGUUAUUAAGAGUGUUGUGAAGAAGCACAGCAACCACUUUGCACUUUGGUUAUUGGAUAACUUGCACCCAGGACUAAGGAAAAUAUUAAAUGUUUUAUGCUGUUAAAGAUGUUUACUAGGUAUGUUAAAUAUAUUCAAGCUUGGAUGACAUGGUGGUACAGUGAGUAGUGUUUGCUGCCUCACAGCUCCAGGGUCCCUGGUUUGAUCCUGAGCUUGGGUUACGCUCUGUGAGAAGUUUCACAUUUUCACAUGUGUACAUGUGGGUUUCCUUCGGGUUCUCUUCUGGUUUCCUUCCACCAACCAGGCUGUAUUCGUGUACCCAGUGUUCCCAGAUUCCACAACAACCCCAAAAAGGAUUAAACUGUGACUAAAGAUGAGUAAAUGAAUAUUCAAACUUCAACAUACACAGUUUGAAAUUUUCUUCCUGCAACUUUUUUCUAUGGAUUUGGCAGUAGCAACAGUGCUGCUUUUACAGCCAUAAAUAUAUAUAUUUUUUGUGUAUAGAUUUAUUGUUAUUACAACAAAGUACACAGACUAACACCUCUCCAUGUAUCAUGUGUAUCUUUGCUAGAAGAAAAGAGACAUAGAGGAGAAAAGAUCAAACAUGUAGCAAGACUUAUAUUCAUUUUUAUAGCCAACCCAGUGAAAAUCCUUUCCAUGUUUUAUGCUGAUGUAGAAGACUUCUUCCAAGAAAUAAUGUAAAGGAGACAAACACAUCCUUGGGCAAUUACAAAAGGAUGCAUUUCCCUUUACAACUCUUUCUUGGACUAUGGUUGCUUCUAAGGGACUGCAAUUACAACAUGCAGUUUUGUACUCGGGUCUCCUUUGAACAGUGGACUAGUUCAACAAACAGACUUCAUAUUAAACCAUAAUGAACUUUCUUUUACUUUCACACUAUCUGUUGUUUCCCAGAUGAGGACGGGUUCUCUUCUG